UGUAGCUUUGGUGACUGGCAGAGGCAGGUGGAUCUCUGUGAGUUCGAGGGCAGCCUGGUCUACAGAGCAAGUUCCAGGACAGGCUCGAAAGCUACACAGAGAAGCCCUGAAAAAACGGACGAAAAGAAAAAGUCUCAUUUAGGGCUGAGCAGAUAACAGGCAUUUAGUCUCCACACUUCGAUUAGUUUCCACUUUGAUGGAUACCCACUGCAAAACUUUGCUAACUCAUUUGUGGGUAUAAAUAUUUCCAUCACUUGGGAUGUUUUCCUGCUGGAAGGUGAAGGAGAUCACGGACAGAGAGGCACGUGCAGCAUGGCUGUAACUGGGCUCAGACUGCUCACUGGUGCUCUAAGAAAGCCAGACGCCUGGCUUGGACUCUGGGGUGUGCUUCAAGGAACCUCUCCACACAAACUCUGUACUUCCUGGAAUCGAUACUUAUAUUUUUCUAGUUCCAAGUUAAACGCAUCAAAUUAUAAAACACUUUUCCGUAGCAUUUUCCCUCUGCGGCUCCCAGGGCUUUUAGUAGCUCCCAAAUGUACUUUUCCAUUUUCCAUACGACUCAAAAGCAAUAUAAGCUCCAAAAAAUCCACUAGAAAGACUUUGCAAAAAGAUGCAGACGAAGAGGACUCCGAUGAGGAGCUCCAUCACCCCGAGAGGAGUGAGCAGGAAGAAGAGCUUGAGGAUGACCCUGGCGUAGUCAAGGACUACAAAGACCUGGAGAAAGUGGUCCAGUCUUUCCGGUAUGAUGUCAUCCUGAAGACAGGCCUCGAUAUUGGGAGAAACAAAGUAGAAGAUGCAUUCUACAAAGGUGAACUCAGACUGAAUGGAGAAAAAUUAUGGAAGAAGAGCAGAACGGUGAAGGUGGGAGACACCCUGGAUCUCCUCAUUGGAGAGGACAGAGAGACGGGGACAGAAGUGGUGAUGCGGAUUCUCCUGAAAGCCGUCCAUGAUGAGAAGACAGAAAGCGACAAGCACCGAGUGCUGUUGCGACGGUGGAAGAGCUUGAAGCUGCCAAAGACUACGUCCAAAUGACCGCGACGUCUCCCCACGGCUGCGUCCUGCUGUCAGGGGCCGCCGCGCAAAAGGGCGUUUUUACUGAAAUAAAGUUCUUUGUGGGA